AUGGAGCAAUCGGACGCUGAUGAUGAAUUAACGUCCGUCAGUCUUGAUUUGAACGGCACCAGCAAAGUAAGAAACCCGAAAGUAAACACCGAGGACAUAGACUGGCUUCUUCCUGAAGACUUCAAACUCACUGGGUAUGAAAAUGACACAGAGAUUACAUCUGGAAUGUACGUUAUGAAAAGACGAAAGAGGAAGAGUUUAUAUGAAGUUGCCAGCUUCAAAUGGAUAGCUGGUCAACUUAUACAUGCCAAGUUUCUCAUGUAUCACUUGAGGCCUCAGCCAGCGAUAAUUGCACAGUUCUGCUUCAAGACUAAGCACCGGACAGUUGGUGAACUGAUGUAUGCGUCUUUGAAUCUCACCACUUUCGAGAAAAUGGCAAGACGAAAACAAAGGAAUGAACAGGCGGAGUAUGCAGAAGUCAAGAUGAAUACUGACGAAACCCCUUUCAAUGUGACACAAAUCCCCGCGUGCCUGACUGCAGUGGAAGGUAUAAAUGUGACCAUAUAUUGCUCCAUCCCGCUUUUUGAUCGCAAAAUAUCGGUGGAUGUCUCUUGGUGGAAAGACGGGCAGACCAAAACUUUGGAUCCAACAGCAGAGGAAAGGAAAAUAAUGUUACCGUUCAAGCAAGCAUCUGCUGAGUUCCAUCUGCUGAAUGUGAGCUUCUGGGACUCCGGAAUCUAUUACUGUAGCAUCAGCGUCUUCGGCAGGAAGGCUUCCAAUGGGAAUGGGACUAAGCUUAUUGUCCACGUGCCGCCAACCCCGCUGAAGAUAACCCGCCAGUACUCGCCCUUCCUCGCUCUCCUCUGCACAACAGCUGGCUUCUUCCCGGGGCAGUUUGAACUCGUGUGGUAUAAAAAUUUCUCCGAAAUCACGUCUGGCAUCAACAUCAGGAAAAUCCUGAACGGAGAGGGUUUAUUUCACGUUUCCAGCGAGCUCAGUCUUCCGGAGAAGGGGUCAGUCUACACCUGCCAGAUUUCUCACAUCGCACUCAGCGCCCCGGCAAACAUCAGUGACAAAAUUCCGAAUCACGGUAACCAAGACCGUACUUUCAACUACGCCUUAGUCUUUGGUUGUGCAGCAGGCGGGAUUAUGAUUUUAGUUCUGGGAAUUGUCAUCAAGGGGUGCAAAUUAGACAAAACAACUGGUCAAUCGGGACAGAGAGGCAGUGAGUCCGAUUUAUGCUGCUCUCCACUUCAGCGGAGAGAGGAAACCUGCAAAACUACUAACGGAGAAAGAGAGCUUUGUGUAUGCGCAGACAAAGCACCGGACAGAUGGCGAACUGACCUACGCGUCUUUGAAUCUUUCCGCUUCCGAGAAAACGGCAAAAAAAGCGAAUAAAAAGGAGGCGGAGUAUGCAGAGGUCAAAAUAAACCAGGGAAGCGGAAACACCUGGAUUCCAUGAACUCCAACAAUAUUCAGUGAUAGUAUAGUUACAGAAGAGUUGCUUUUGUUUUGUUGAUUUGAAAAUGACAACAAGCUAGAUGUGAUGGGUUGAUUGUGAACGAUACCUUAAUCGAUGGUGGAUUCUA